UGUAGUAGGAAAAUUUUCCGUCAAAAAUUUUGUUUAUAAAAACACGUAUUUUUACCCUUGAGAAAAAGUGUCCUGUGGUCCAGACAAAUGUUUUAAACUUGGUGAAAACGUGCUAUUUGUGUUCUGGAGAGUGUUCACUUUAGUGUAACCUUGCAAUGGAUUCAGCAAGGCAGCUGCUGGAUGAGCUAAUGGGUCGAAAUCGCAACUUGGACCCAACAGCCAAAGCAAAAAAACUCAAUUGGGAGGAUCCUGAGUUUUGUCAGUAUUACCUCGUGAAAUUCUGUCCCCAUGACCUUUUUGUGAAUACGAAGGCCGACCUGGGACAAUGCCCUAAGCUCCACGAUGACGAGGCAAAGCGUCUGUACGACGAGGAGCCGCGCAACUCCAACAAGAAGCGACAGUACGAAGAUGAAUUCCUCAGGUUCUGUAACAAUAUGGUCAAUGAGGUGGACAGAAAAAUCCAGAAGGGAAAGAUGAGGUUACUUCUGAUGAACAGAUCCGACCAGUCACCGUCCAGUCAGAGCCCUUAUGUUUCUAGGCAGCAGGAACAGCUGAAUGUUCUCAAUGAAAAAAUCAAGAAGCUCGUGGGAGAGGCUGAAGAAGCUGGACAUCGAGGAGAUGUGGAUCAGGCUCAGGGCCUCAUGAAGCUGUGCGAUCAGCUGAAGGAUGAGAAGGAUGCUCUGGUGAAGAGUACCGAAAGUACUCACUGGUCCAUGGAGUUAGUGCAGGCACAGGAGAAGCAGAUGGAAGUAUGUGAAGUCUGUGGGGCAUUUCUCAUCGUUGGAGAUGCUCAGCAGCGAAUUGAGGAUCACCUGACGGGAAAACAGCAUUUGGGGUAUUCCAAGGUGAGGAAGGUGAUCGAUGAGAUGUACGAGAUACGUCGCAGAGAACGCACAGAAUCAGAGAAGAGACGUUCAGAUGAUGAGCGACGGUUAAAGUACGACAACGGGAGCGGAAGUGACCGUAGAAGAGACGAACGAUAUCGAAGACCAAGUCGAGAGGAUCAUGAAAGACGUCGAGAUGAGCGCCAGAGACACCGAAGUGGAGGCAGCGAUCGCGAUCGUGAAAGGGAUAGGGAGAGGGAUCGUGACAAGGAUAGAGAUCGCUACAGGAAUAGACAUCACCGCGAUCGCAGGCGAAGUCGGAGCCGCAGUCAGCAUUGAUGUGAUUCCUUCAAAAAAACAAACAUUUUAGAGGUACCCCAGAAACUAUAAAAAAAAUAACCCAUGGAUCCAGGUAUGUGGAGUUUUUUCCUAUAGCAAUUGCUUUUUUUUUUACAACAUUUCCAAUUUUUAUUCUUUAUUUUUAUUAUUUUCCAAAUAUUUUUAUUGAUAUAUUGCCAUGGUUGUGUGAAAGAUUAUUUUUCCCACAAUGAUUUCGUUUUUUCUCAGUUAUUUCUUUUUUUUAAUUUUGUACAAAGUCGUAAAAAAAUAUUUAUUUAAAAAUGCUAAUUUAUUGAGUAUGGAUGGUUCAAUGAAACAUGUGUGGGAAGAAAAAUGCUUUUGAAAUGAAUUUGUGGUGUGAGAGGAAAAAGGUGUAGGGGGAAUCCUUCUCAGCUGUGGAUAUUCACACGGAGACAGAGAGAAAAACCAAGUAAAAUUAUUUUAGAAUUUAAACAAAUUAAAUUGAGAUAAAAAAAAAAGUAGUUAAGAAGAAAACUCUAUAUAGGUCUUUGAUAAUGUCUCACAAAGAUGUUUGUUGGCCAACACAUCUCUCGAUAAUUGAUUAAAACACGGCGUUCUAAAUCAGGUUAGUAACUAAUAAUACACAAAAUUAUCCCGCCCAUCAUGAGGACCGGAGGGCAAAAACAAAGAAAAGAAAUUACAAAUUAUAAUCCUGAACAUUUCUCUUCUUUUUCCUCCCCAUCAUUCGUCUUAAGAAAAUGUCUCACAGCCUCAUUUGUAGAAAAUAUUUUGCAACAGUGACAAAAGGCGUCAAAAUGAAAGGUAUACCUCUGACUCUUUUCUUUUUUUUUGGUGUGUGUUGACAAUAAAAAAAAAUAUAAAAGAAAAUUGUAGGAAAAAUAUUUAGGUAAAAGAAAUUGAGAGAGAGACGGAAAUGGGAGACACACAGAAAAUGAUAAAAGAAAAAGCGCGCUUAAAAUUUGUACACAGCAAUGCAACAGCGAGAAUUUUCGAGGUAUUUAUGAAAUAAAAUAAAAUAUGGAAUUAUAUUUCUAUUAAACAUAAGAACAAUUAACUAAAAUGUUACAUUUUUUUCAAAGAUGCCUUUUUUUAGAGACCGUAGAGACUGAGAUAUAAGAUUAAAAAAAAAAAACAGAAAACAAAUGAUACUGUGAUAAAAUUAUUUAUUACAGAAGGAAAACCUUUAAAAAAACCCAAAGUACGAAAAGAAAACACAGAAAGAGAAGCAAAUUUUCCGUGUUUCUGGUGUGUGUUGUGCUCUUGUUUUUAUUAUUUAUUUUUCUACCACAUAAAAAUCUUUCAAUAGAAGACCCAAGAAAAAGAAACAGUUUUUCAAAGGACAAAGACAAGAAAAAAGAGACAUUAGAAAAAUGAGCUCAAAAACGAAAGAAAAAGAAACUUAUAAAUUAUGUGUUAAAUUCGUGCGAAUUUUGUGAUUUUCAUGUGUGGAUGUUUUGGGUUAAAAAAGAUCUUCUCUGCUACUUUAGGAUAUUUGCAGAAAGAUGGAAAUGAUCGUGGUCAACUCUAAAUCAUCUUGUGUGUUAAUUUUGAAAGAAAAAAAAAAGAAAAACAUACCAAAAGAAAAAGAACAUAAUUGUGAACAUUUGCAAAACAAAAAAACUGUAGAGCGAAGUAUUUAGGACAUCACCCAAAGGAUUUGUUUGGACUUCAUUCGGCCAAUUCCUCGAGGGAUUCACAGAAGGAUUCCAGAGAUGGAUAUAGAGAGAGAGUUACAGCCUAAAAAUAUACUGGAGGUGCGUUCAAAUGAUUUUUUCAUUUUACUUUAAUUUUAAACUCUGUAUAGAAAAUAUCUAUGCAUUAUGCUAAUGAACAUUUAAAAAUAACCAAAAGGAAAAAUGUGGAGAGAAAUUAAUAAGAAAGAGAAGGAAGUUAAUUGAGUGGAAAAGCUGAAAAGGAAAUAUUUUCCUUAAGAAUAUGAAUGUUUUUUUUUCUUCUAAUUUUCUUUUUAAUUAGCAAAGUGUACUUGAGAGAUAUUUUCAUCUCUAAAAAUGAAAGAACUAUUUUAAUCUAA